ACGCGCGGCGCCGAGUCCGCCGCCUGCAGAAACACCCGCCCCGCGCUUGGCGGCGCGGCCCCGGCAGCAGUGAGGCCGGGCGGCCCGGCGGCCCGCGCCCUCCCGUCAGGCAGCCAUGCAGAGCCCCUCCGGGAACGCGAGCCGCGGACUGACGGGCGGGCCGCCCUCUACGGUGGCCUCCGGGGCGGGCCGCUGCGAGAGCGGCGCGCUCAUGCACAGUUUCGGCAUCUUCCUGCAGGGGCUGCUCGGCGUCGUGGCCUUCAGCACGUUGAUGCCAGGACCACCUGUUCCAUCUUUGUCCCAAGCUGACCUUAAGUUGCAUCUCAAGAUUUCCCUGGCCGUUCCCUUUCCCACACUUUUAUUAGUCAAACGCUUCAGAGAACCAAAGCAUGAAAGACGUCCAUGGAGGAUAUGGUUUUUAGACACUUCCAAACAAGCCAUAGGGAUGCUGUUCAUCCACUUUGCAAAUGUGUACCUAGCAGAUCUCACUGAAGAGGACCCUUGUUCGCUGUACCUCAUCAACUUUCUCCUGGAUGCCACCGUGGGCAUGCUGCUCAUCUACAUAGGUGUGCGUGCUGUCAGCGUCCUGGUGGAGUGGCAGCAGUGGGAGUCCCUGCGCUUUGGCGAAUAUGGAGACCCUCUGCAGUGUGGUGCCUGGGUUGGGCAGUGUGCCCUUUACAUCGUGAUUAUGAUCUUUGAAAAGUCUGUUGUCUUCAUCGUACUCCUCAUCCUUCAGUGGAAAAAGGUGGCCCUACUGAAUCCUAUUGAAAACCCAGACCUGAAACUGGCCAUUGUCAUGCUGAUCGUCCCCUUCUUUGUCAAUGCUUUGAUGUUUUGGGUAGUAGACAAUUUCCUCAUGAGAAAAGGGAAGACGAAAGCUAAGCUGGAAGAGAGAGGAGCAAACCAGGACUCCAGGAAUGGGAGCAAGGUCCGCUACCGAAGGGCUGCGUCCCACGAGGAGUCUGAGUCUGAGAUCCUGAUCUCGGCUGACGACGAGAUGGAGGAGUCCGACAUGGAGGAGGACCUCCGCAGACUGACCCCCCUCAAGCCUGGGAAGAAAAAGAAGCACCGCUUUGGGCUGCCUGUAUGACACAUUCCAGUGCUGGGGGUGACAGGUUUGAGGCCCAGCCAGCUGCUGUGUCAGCAGAUGGUCGCCCCACAGUGUCAGCCCUCCCGUCCUCUCUCUGCCUCUCCUCUUCUACCUCCACUCCUCCUGCUGUCUCUGCCCACUCUCCGCCCACUCCCAGACUACUGUGACUUAAACAGAGGGAAGAGGAACCAGCGCCCAAGUGGGCCGUGGGCAGCUGGAGGUCCCCCGCUCAGUUGCACUACAAACACUGACCAAAUAUGCAAGCCAAGAGCUUUGUUUGUUCGUUGUUGUCCUGGACAGUGCUGUGAGGGACCUCAAAGCCCCUGUCCUGUGUCUGACUGGGUGACAUGGUAGAAAACACAGGUACUCACAGAGCUCCCUGAGGCUGCAGGCAGUGUGGACACAUGACAUGCUUGGGGCUAAAAGUCACUCAUUGACCAAGUUGGAACGGAAAUGCUUUCUUACUCAAAGUGGCUUUUGUAACUCUUGAUUUCUAGAGCCGGUUUUAUGAGCUGUGACAGUGUUACUGUUUUAUGAGUAUAUGUUUAUUCCUACAAAAUACCUGCGGGACUAAUGAGCAAAACAUAGAUUUUUUUAAGUCUUCCAUAUACUGUUUGACUUUUAUAUUUUUAAGUUAUAUUUUCAUACUGUUGUAUUUAAAAACUUUUUAAUCCCCAAAGAAAUGGAUUUGUUUGCCUUUCAUGGGGUUUGAGCUGGUGGGAGGAAGAAGUGAGGAGUUUUUACUUGGAAUAUUGGUAGGUAAUGACCAGUGAGACAAGAGAAGAUGCAGGGGGAGACCUUAAUUUAAAAAAAGGAUUCAGGGGAAGGUGAGCAACCUUUAUGUGCAACUAGAAGCCCGAGGUUGUGUAAAGGUCAGACCUGAGCGUGAGGCAGCUGGUCCAAAGCUCUUUGGCAUCUAUUUCUGGAAUGCAGACAGGUUACAGGUGUUGGUGAAUUCUGAGAAAGGACCCUUAGAGUUAGUUUGUGUGUCAAGAGGAAUCCAGACCUCCAGGCUCUCGUAUUUGUUCCUUGCCUCCACUGCAGCAGCCUGCAGGACCAGCCUUCCCUGGUACCUGUCACCUGCUGUCAUCCGCUCGUUAGCGCAGCAGCCUGGAGAACGUCUGCCUGGCCAAGCGAGUCUCUUUUUGCACCCUCCAGAGCUGUGAGUGGACUCGCAGGGCAGGCAGAGAUGAGAGAGCUCCCUGUCUAAAUCCACAGCACCAAGAGAUACUUCUAGGCCCUAUCCCCUGCUUGGACGGUGGCUCCUACUCCUCAGCCACAAGCCCCUGGCUCUGGGAGUUUGCUGAAUGUGGAGGGGGCUGAGCCCAGCACUUCGUGCUGUGGAAGCAGCGUGGUGGAGCUGCCCGGGGUUUGGUAAGCCAGCAGGCAGCCGUGGACGUACAGGAACGGGAAAGCCCACUGCUGCACUGUGGCGCGAGGACAGGCGCGGUGGAGGCCACUGUGCAGCCUUCUUUUUAAACCUGGGGGUUUUACUUAAGCAUCAUGGGUCUGAAUAUGUGUGGCGUGGGUGAGCCAAGCUGCUGCUCUUGAUUCUGCCUGUCCUGGACACAGGAGCACACCUUGGGAAGGCCCUCUUGGCCCAGCUUCCUCUAGGAAUGCAGACACCCCUGAGGAUGGGGACUGUAGCCAUGCAGUAGGAGUUGCUAGCGUGGUCAUCAUGGCCAGAGGAGGGGAGAGACUGGCAGUGAAGGAGACAUGGAGAGGGUCCAUCUUGGGUCCCGUAUGGCUCCUGCUCUUGUUUACUCCAUUACCCCUUCCAUCCCACACCUGUGGUCUUCCCCCACUCCUCUCCAGUGGGGGUCACUGAGUCCCCUUUGGGAAGACCAGGACUGGCACCCCUGGUGAGCCCAUCUGUCCCUAAUGGUAUCAUUGACUCCUCUCCUUUCUUCCCCACUCCCGCUCACUGUGGUUGGGUAACCUGUGGAGCCAUUUGCCACCUUUCUAAAACCCAGGCCCGCAUGGUCAGUCUUGAGUUCCUAAGGUUUUCAAAGCAGUCACAGAGGUGGGGGAGUUCCAGUCUAUGAAAAAUGGAAGCGCCAAGUUGUGUUGACCUCAGAUGACUCACCUCGAGGCUCAUCCCAGCUCCUGCUGAGCAGUAGAUAUGGAAGGCAAAAGAGGCAGUGCGAGCUGGGUUUCCCUGAAUCCUGAUUUUUAAAAAGGACUGGAGCUGUGGAGUUGGCUGAUAGAGAGUCUGAUCACAGAGGCCUCCUGGAACGCAGGCUUGGACAGUGUGGCAGCGUGUGUUCCGCCUUACCUUGUGUGGAUAUGUUCGUACCUGCACCCACUUGCGCACACACAUUCACAUGCUGCAGGAGAGCUUCCAGUAGUCGCUGGGUCCUCAUCUAUAGUUCACUGUCCCAUGAAAGUGGAGGCAGGGCUGUGAUCAGGACACUUCCUGAGCUGUCCUUCCCCUGGGAUGUUUCCUUACCGCUUGCUCCAAGGUGCCUUAUGAGGUGCAGCCCUUCACCGGCCAAUGGCAGGCAUCACCAUGCUUGAGAAGCGAUGGGAUACUGAUGGAUAUUAUGUGCUGUUAACCUGAUUUGUCCAAAUCUGGACUUUGACCAGGUCACCCAUGAUGGAAGCUUGCAAGUCAAGGUCAUGAACAAGUUUCUUGUAACUAAUAAACCGAUGAGGAGGAACUGUCAUCUAACUGGAA